ACUUCCUGCUGGGGUGGAUGAGGAGGAGCCGGAGACGCCGCGGGGGAGACCGGAGCGAAGACGGGCCGCGCCGGGGAGAGCAGGAGGGUGAAAAUGAAAGCAGGCUGUAGCAUCGUGGAAAAGCCAGAAGGAGGUGGAGGGUAUCAGUUUCCCGACUGGGCCUACAAAACCGAGUCGUCCCCAGGCUCCCGGCAGAUCCAGCUGUGGCACUUCAUCCUGGAGCUGCUGCAGAAGGAAGAGUUCCGCCACGUCAUCGCCUGGCAGCAGGGGGAGUACGGCGAGUUUGUCAUCAAGGACCCGGACGAGGUGGCCCGCCUCUGGGGCCGCAGGAAGUGCAAACCACAGAUGAAUUACGACAAGCUGAGCCGGGCCCUCAGAUACUAUUAUAACAAGAGGAUCCUUCAUAAAACAAAAGGGAAAAGAUUUACUUAUAAAUUUAACUUCAACAAGCUGGUGAUGCCUAACUACCCAUUCAUCAACAUCCGGUCAAGUGGUGUGGUCCCCCAGAGUGCGCCACCAGUGCCGACGGCCUCUUCCCGGUUCCAUUUCCCCCCUCUGGACACCCAUUCUCCGACGGGCGACGUGCAGCCCGGGCGGUUCUCCGCCGGCUCCCUCGCCGCUUCUGGCCAGGAGUCCGGUAACGGCGCCGAGAGAAAGGCGGAGCUGCCGGAGCUGGACGACGGCUCGGCCGCCGACUGGCGCCGGGGCGUGGACCUCCUGUCCUCGCGGAGUGCCGUCGGUGCGGGAGGGAUCGGCCAUCAGAAACGCAAGCCGGACAUCAUGCUUCCUCUGUUCACCAGGCCCGGGAUGUACCCUGACCCCCACAGCCCCUUCGCCGUCUCUCCGCUCCCUGGCCGUGGAGGCGUUCUCAACGUCCCCAUCUCCCCAGCCCUGUCCCUGACGCCCACCAUCUUCUCCUACAGCCCGUCCCCGGGCCUCAGCCCCUUCGCCGGCAGCGGCUGCUUCUCCUUCAACCCUGAGGAAAUGAAACACUACCUUCAUUCUCAAGCCUGCUCCGUGUUCAACUACCACCUGAGUCCGCGGACAUUCCCCCGUUACCCGGGCCUCGUGGUCCCGCCUCUGCAGUGCCAGAUGCAUCCUGAGGAGUCGGCCCAGUUUUCCAUCAAGCUGCAGCCCCCGCCAGCUGGGCGGAAGAACCGGGAGAGGGUGGAGAGCAGCGAGGAGUCCGCCCCCGUCACUGCUCCCCCCGUGGCUCCUGUCCCCCCGAGAAUUAAGGUGGAGCCGGCCUCCGACAAGGAUCCGGAGAGCCUCGGGCAGUUGGCGCGGGAGGAGGAGCGCUCCCAGGAAGAGGGCCCUGUGCCGGGCAGGACCACGGAGGAGGAGAAGGGCACCCUCUUUGCCCGCCCGGCUGUGCCGGUCUGGCCCUCCGCACCCGUCGGCACCCCGAGCGAAGAGCCCCUAGAGGUGGCUGAAGACAGUGAGGACAGGCCUGGCAGAGAGCCCAACGCGCCUGAGAAGAAAGAAGACGCCCUGAUGCCCCCCAAGCUCCGGUUGAAGCGGCGUUGGAACGAUGGCCCUGGAGCCCACCAGCCGAGUAAGAACGGCGCGGCCCUCUGGAGGGGGCCGGGACCCCGGGGCUUGGCCGCGGCCGCCGACGCCUAGAACUGGCGGGGGGUCGGGGACCGUUUGUACUCUAGUCACACGCGUCCGUGUAUUUAUGUAGCGAGAUUGGGGGGGGGGGGGGUGGGGGGAGGGAGUUAGACUGGUUUGAUCAUUCUAGGGGCAUAGACUUGUAUUUUUAUGUUUGGGGGACGGGAUGGGCAUCUUCUGUUGUAAAUUAGGUGGGGUAUGAACACUUUCCCUGGUGAAUAGCACGCGGGGAGGUCGAUGAACUGAGAGGAGGAGGGGCCUCCGCUUCUUGGGGAGGCUCACACUUCCCGACAAACUCUCUCGGGGGCCUCGCUACGCUUGGCCCCGUCUAGUUCAGGUUCCAGACUUCUUUUCUAUUGUAUUUAUAUAUGGAAAGCCAUUAAUGAAUUUCUUUUGCUCUGAGAGAUACACGUAAAAGGGAAUAGGGCGUGAUCAGGAGGGUGAGUGGGGAGAGCCCAUUCAUACUAUGGGUGUCGCCUGAGAUGUUUCUGUAUAAUUAUUUCAGGGGAGGAAUGAGAUAACCUGUCUUACUGGGACGGGGGGGCGUGUUCAGAUGUUGCUUUUUUCCUCUUUUCCUUUGUUGUUGUUGUUUGGCGUUUUUUCCUUUGCUUUUAAAAAAAAAUCGUUUGCAGGAAACGUGAGACGUUUGCGCCGGUCACAGGCGGGGGUUGGGGGUUCCACAGGGGUGGGGCCGGGGGCCCCACUGCAGGUUUCUCAGACUUACCCCUGCUUCCCGUAGUGAGGAGCUGUAAACUCUGGUUCAGGGAAGCAAGAAGAGGGCGGGAGGACAUAACCCAAUGCCUUUAAAAACAAAACACAUACAAAAAUGAUCUUCAUCUUUCCUUCUCCAUCGUGGGUUUGGAGAGCCAGGCUGCAGCGUGGCCGUGGGCGCGCUGAGCAGCACGACGUGGGAGAUGCCUUUGCGUUGCGUCUGGUUCUCUGGCUGUUUCUUAAGUCGAGCCUUAACAAUGAGCAUACUUUCACCUGAUACGGGUCUGUCGGCAGAAGCCCAGAGAAGGGCACGGACAACUUUGCAGACAAGCCAGGAGCGUCGAAACAGGGUUAAGUUUCGAGUUGGCAUUUAGUUGUGCCCCUGAGCGUCACCGGGACGAGAAGCAGGACGGCGGGAUUGUGGGCGACAGGGGCAGGUGAUACCUGGAAAUUCAGAAGGUAGCCGGGGUGCGAGUGGAUGUCGUUGGAGACUGAAGGGCGAGGCGGGCGGAGACACAGAAGGCGGCCAGAUGCCAAGAGCCUGGGGGGAGCGCGGGAGUUGGUGUCCGUCCUGUCGUGGUGGUGCCGUUUCUGGUGUACCCAUUUCCCUAGAUUGUUCUAAUCCUCCUGAUCAGCUGGCCGUCUCCCCCCCCCCCCACCCCCGCCGAGACUCCAGUUUACAGAUGGCGAGGAGUGGUUUCUCCAUGGGGAAUCCCCUUCCCUCGGCACGAAGGAACGGGAAAGUACUGCUCUUACGUGAAGUGAGAGAGACCUGACUGGGGGCAGAGAGAAGCCACAGCCACCCGUGUGCGCACACGCGUAACUGCGAGGUGUGCCGAGAUGCCGGACCGGCUCACGUCUGCCCGGCGUCCAGGAGGCAGGGAGAGAGGAGAUGACUCCCUAUCCGAUGGAGGCAGGGAGCGGGCACAGGGACGCUGUCUAGGAAGUGGCGAAAUCCCUGACUGCACCUUAGCCUGAGGAAACUGUAUACUAAGAAGCAUUCAAAGGUUGUCUUUUAAUGGGGGGGGGAGGGUCUUUUUUAAAAGAGUGCAUGCGGGAGGGGCGGGGGAAGGUGAGUGGGUUGGUAGCUGGCUUGGGAUGUCUUGAGUCCAUCGUGCUAUUCUCUGGCAGGUGUCCUCGUUCAGAUUUCCAAAUAGUGACUUGUCUUUCCCUAGGAAGGGCUCAGGAGAGUGGUCUAUCAACUCAGGCUUUGGUCAGGCUGCAGAGGGCUCCCCGUUCAGCCUCCUUGGGGUUGGUUAUGUUUUUGUCCGUUUCUUUCUCUGCACCUCUUACCUCGGAUCAGAAAGCAAGCCCAGGCAGGUGGAGGAAGGAUCUCUGCGUGGCAUUGCCCAAUCUAACCAGGGUGGCUGGCCGGCCCCCCUCCCUGUCCACGAGAGGGGGGGGCCAGCACGUGUCGGUAUGAACUCAGGAAUAGAAACUCGAGGCCUUUAAAAUAAGAGGGAGGAAAAUCCGUGAUGCAUACCUGGAAACCCCUGGAACCCAAGUGCCAGAAUUAAUUCCUAGAUGCUGCUUCUGUGUGAACAAAAAGUCACCGCUUUUACACUU